UGAAAAAUGUGGGAAAAUAUAGAGUUUACCAAUCGGAAAACAUGAUGGCGAAUACUAAUUGUUUCGCUAUGGAACGCUCGGUUUCGAAUAAAUUUCGGAUAUUUGAGAUGCAGUGACAGAUUGAAGGGAUAAUGCAACUACACAUGUGUACACAAGCACCUAGGUAUCAUUGCAUUCGGGAAGAUAUGCAGCACAUGUACACCUCUUCAACAAUCUGCUAUGAACUCUCAAUAACUCAACAAGAUUAAAACAGGAAACUGCAACGUCUACAUUCCUACUAUGCAUUCGCAGAUUGCAACGCAAGUGAUACGAAUUCGUCAAAAUUUCCCGAGAUAAAUUGCAUUUUCAGUUACUCAACAUUUCACUUCCAAGCCGUAGAAAGGAAAAAUUUACAAACACAGUUUAAUUGAACAAAUCCGAUUUAUCGUCAAAUGUUGUUAAUUCCACGGUUAAUAUCGUCAGCAUUGCAAAUGUUCGUUUCGUUUAUUAUUACGUCACACUUCGGUGAUUGGGUUGUGACUUCUAUGUUCCAGUUUUUGUGCAAUAAUCAAAUUCAAUUGUCGUUAUUUUCCAUAAACUCCAAUUCAAACUCAUUGAAAGGUGGAUCGGGACAACUUGAUCCUCGGGUCAUAAGUGCUUUCUCCACCACAGGCCUCCUUACCAAUUGUUACUUUUGUGGGAAAACAUUAGACCGGGGUGAAUUUUUGAAUAUUUUCGAUAAUAACAUAGUAACAGAAAUAUUAAUAUUAGCGGAAGUAGUAGCACUGGUAGUUAUCGUAGGAAGUGUGAAUGUUGUUACGCUAGUGAAAAGUCGAAACUGUACUGAAACACAAAUGAUAGAAGAUGGCGGAGUGUUCUUAUGCACGUUGUAUGCAGGAGCGUCGUUAUAUUAAACGUGAAUUAAUGAAAUGGACUAAAGACAUGGUUUACAUUGUGGGCUUAGAACGUGUCGCUGAGGAGUUAAUGGGUCGUAGGAAAUGGAAGCUCUACCAAGAAGCACUAGCACGAUCUCAAAUAAAUGUAAAUGCCGCCAACCUAGUCCAAAACAAUACGGAAGAUUCGAUCAACAGGCUCGAUUGUAUCGACACACAGGAAAAACAAAAGCUAACUUCGCUGAACCAGCCGCGAGCCCUUACAGAAAAUCAUUUAAACGAAAACGAAGUUGUUGCGAUAAAAAAAGAGAUAAGCGAAAAUACGGACGAAAAAGGCUGUGCAGUGUCAGAGAGAGGUACCUUAGCCGAACGAAAGCACGAGGACCCAAAAGGUAAUUCAGAAACAAGCAUCACAAAAUCACAAAGGGGGAAAGGCAACGACGAAUCGGAUACACCCAGUCCAAUAGAUUGGAAGCCAAACGAGAAGUGUUAUUUCUGUGUUGACGGAAAACUACUCACAGUGAACGAGAAGGGAGAUUUGGUGGCGGAGUCUGGCCCGGCUCCGUCCGAGGCCGAACUCGCCCAUAGACAAACAUCCUUAGAUUCCGACAGCGAUUCGAGUGAUAGCUCCCCUGAAAUCGAAGUACAAAGCCAUACCGGUAAUAAUGCAAGUAAAUCCGUAACAUCACUACUCAGCGAUUCACUUCCACCGAAUAUGACCUCGUUGGAAUCAAUGGCUGCGCAUUUGGUUGCAGUCGCCCAACUUCAGGGGAUACCACCGGGUCUACCACACCUUUAUCCUGGCCUUUGGUAUCAAUUAGCCCAGCAAGUACCGCCAUCAACGCCAACUACCUCAGAGAUAAACGUUGCCGCUCUAAGUCCUUCACAUAAGGACUCACCGAGCCCCAGUGAUAUAACCGGCGAACAACCUCUCGAUCUCAGCGCAAAACCAUCACCAAAUUCAUCGGCAGGCAGCAAUGAUCCAAAGCAAGCUUUCAGGGCGAAACCACGAGUUUCAGCAGUGGCAGGACGUCGUACAUAUUCCGAAGAAGUACUUCACAACGCCCUCAAGGAUAUUAUGAGUGGUAAAUUAGGAACACGACGCGCAGCUGUUCUAUAUGGAAUCCCUAGAUCCACCCUACGCAAUAAAGUCUAUAAAAUUGCAAUGGAACAGAAACGCGAGGCUUCCUCAAUUCAUCCGCCCUCCGUUCUACAAGCCUUGGUGGAGCAAGAUGACGAUGAAAAAGAAAGUGGUGAUGAAGAGAAAGAUGAAAAACUCUUAGGUAGUUCCUUAGAUGAUCAGGUAGAUGAUUUGGCUAGAUUUGCAUCAGCGCAUUUGGGAUCGGCAGCAACCCUACAAACUAUUCGUAAAACUUGCGAAAAUAAUCAGGCCGAGAUGAAAUCUCCUGAUAUAACAUUGGAAUCACUUUCGAAACGUCCGCAAUCAGCUACAUCGCAACUUCAAACGCAACCAACAAUAGCACAACCUCCUUGGUUUGAUCCUAAUUUAAUUCUUCAGACGUUACUCCUUUCCGGAGGUCUCGGUGGUUUAUCAGCUUUGAUGCAACCAAAACAGGAAGAACAGGCAAACGUUAUUCCGGAAAUACUUAAGCGCUUCAUGCUACAGCAGCAGGAAUUGAUGAAAGAACAACUGAAAAGCACAGCCCCGCCAGUGUCAGGUGAUAUCCUAAAUAAUGGCAAAGCGCAUUUGACCGACCCCAGAGUUUUAAUGCAAACAUUCGGAAUGGCUCAGAACUCAACAUCCCAGCAAGCGCAAAGCCAUGCGUCUUUGCGCUAUCCUAAUCGCGUACGUAAGUCAGAAACGCCGGAGGUACCACUAUCCUCUAUUGAUAUGGGUGAGUCCAGCGACGAUCCAUCAGUUAUUCUAAAAAUUCCGUCCUACAAACCAGUAGCUGGCUCUUCUUCUUCUAUUCCAUCGGGAAAAAAUGGAGAAGGACAAAGUUCGCCUCAAAUUACCCCUCCCAUCUUAUCUAGGAGCCCGCAGCAGCCAAAUAAUUUGCCGGGUAUUUCCCCGCCAUUACUAAGACAAAAUAAUGAGUCGCAGUCACCUCCAAUUAUGGGUGCAAAGGGAAUGCUAUCUCUGCGCGAUGUGAUAGCCAAAAGCAUAAGUAGAACCUUCACCCAACAAGCGGCUAAAGAUCCACACCAAUCGAUGAACAAGCAGCCAUCAACUUCUGAGAAUCACGAACAUUAUAAACGGCCAAGCAUAUCAGUUAUCAAAUCUUUAGGAGGGAGUGAAUUUGCUGCUGCUCCAAACAUGUUGAGUAAUGCUGGGAACAGCGGGAAUAAUUCCCAGAAUCAGAGCAAUGCCAAUUCUGGCGGUAAAGGAACCAGGCCAAAGCGUGGAAAAUAUCGAAACUAUGAUCGAGACAGCUUAGUUGAAGCGGUCAGAGCGGUUCAAAGGGGAGAGAUGUCUGUGCAUAGAGCGGGUAGUUAUUAUGGAGUACCUCAUUCAACUUUAGAAUAUAAAGUCAAAGAAAGGCAUUUAAUGCGACCUAGAAAACGUGAACCAAAGCCUCAACCUUUGGACGAACGGUCAAGUAGUGGGUCGGCUUCGAGUUCGGCAAAUUCCAAGAACGCAAACAUUCCAGGUAUUGCAGGUAAUACAGAUAAGAUGAAAUCAACGGCUCUUGCCGCAGGCAAAACGACCUUGAAAAACAACCCACCAUUCCCAAGUACCUCUCCUAAUGGCAUGAAGGUACCAAUAUUCGAUGCACCGGCGCAAAUGCCAUAUCCAAACCUCUUUUGGCCGUCACCCGCCCAUGGAUUUGGCGCAAUGCCAAUUGACUUUGCACGAACAGCAGGUUGCAGGCAAAACUCUCAAACGGGAUUCCCUGCCAAUACAGAAAAUUUCCUAGCAUCGACAGUUAUGCAACAGUUCCAAGAUGAUUCUAAUAGGCACAGUGUAGGUAAUGCAAGUAGUACCUUAAACGCUUCGAGUGCACCUACCACCCCUACACCGGCUUCAUCAGUAGGACCCGCCAGCAACACUAAGGCAUGCCUCAACAAUUUAGCAUCCGCAACUUCCUCGGCGGCGUGUUCGCGAGAUCUACCGGAGACCAGAUACGAUCCAGUAGGAGCAAAUGGUUCAUUCCUAGAUGGUAUCAUACGUCAAUCGUUGGAACGAAAUAGUAGUGAUAUACCCCAUGGCGUUUUACUAGAUCAGUUAGUGAAAAAUACCCGCUUACUUACCGGCAGUAGUUGCAGUAAUGACUCCUCACUAAGCGGUUCCAAGGGGUCAACGAAGCGAUCUAUGAGUCCAAUGUAUCUACCAGUCGCCGACAUCAAACGUGAACGGAGGAGUCCUUCCCUUAAUUUGUCCAACAGCGAUGCAGAAAUUAGUUCCAGAGAACGCGAUAUUUCACAAGAGUCCGUAGAAAGCCUUGUCAAAAUGCGCGAAACUUUGAAGAUGGAGGAAAAGCUACAUCAUCCGCAUCACCAUCAACCCCUACAACAACAUCACGUCCAGCAAUCGCAGUCUCAACCGUUUCACCUGCAGCAGCUCCAGGCAGCCGGACCUGCCAAUAGGCAUAUAGCGGUUGGAGAUGUUAACGGUAACAGCAGCAACAUUGCCGCAAGCCAACAGCAACUAGACAAAAUAGGACAAAUCAAAACCGAAACCGAAGAUAGUUCAUAGAGAAAACUAAACUUUAGGUAAAUUUUCGUUGAAUAUUUUAUUUAAAGUAUAUUAAAAAAAAUCACGUUAGUUUUUAAUAAACAAGAGUAAGGCGCAAAAACAAUAUCACUAGAGUUCAAGGGUGAAGCAUGAAGGUAUCGCAUGUUUAUUAUAUUGUAUUCCGGGACAUGCGCGUACCACUCGCUCGGACGAGAGUGUCAAUACUAUCGCGGUAUAGUAUUACAACUCCUUCCGAGGGAAUCCUGUGCUUCUUAUCUUCAACCAAGAGAAAAGUUAAAUAAUAAUCAAUACACUCUAAGUAAGUAAACAUAAAAGAGGAAACACAAGAAAAGGACGUUUAAAAUAUGCUUUAGGUAAUACAGUUAAAUUUAAAGUAAAUAAGAGUAAAUCAAAACAGAUUUUAGGGUAUAUUUUCGUAUACGUAGCCAAUACGUCACGUUAUUGUGUGCAAAUUCAAAUUAAUUUAGAAGCAAAAUUAUCAAUAAAAAUCAACUGAAUAAAGUAAUCAAAAGGAAGGAAUCACAUGUUAAAUAAUUUUGCAAUGUAAAAUAUCAAAACACGUCUUAAAACAAACACAUGUAUGAACACAACAUCAACAAACUUAUAUAUACAAUAGCAACAAACUGCUAAAAGUUAUGUGUAAAAUAUAAUUAUUACAAUAUAAUGAUGAAACUAAGAAAAAAACAACACUUUAUGCUGCAUUUCGCACAUAAUCACACACUAGCGUGUGAGAGCGAAUUCGCGCAUCUAAACAUUUAUAUAUUCAUUAUAUUUAAAUCAAACAAAAACAAUAUUUAAAAAAAUCCUUUUAAAAGCUACAAAAAAAUAAGCUAAAAUGAUAAAUCUGUAUCUGAAAAAUAUAUACAUAUAUUUUUAUUUACGUUUUCUUGACAAUCGACAAAUAGGCUCUUGUACAAAGGAAAAAAAAACAAAUAACAUCAACAAUAAAAGUAACAGCAACAAUAAUUUAAACCAUAAAACAAUAGAACAACAAAUUUAAAGGAAACCAACAAAACACUUCUCAUUAGUGCAACCACCACCAUCAUAGUAAAAACUUGCAAUAAACAACAACAAUCUAUGGAGGAAAUGAAAAGAAAGCUGAAAAUCAUAUGAGGGACGCUUUUGGUUUAAGUAUAAAUAAAUAGAUUCAAGCAACUGAGAACGCGCUAAGAUAUUAACGCAAAACUAGCAACAGGUACAGACAUGACAGUUUUGUAUUCAUUUUUUGGAUAAAUUAACAAGAAAAAUCUAUUAUUAUUUUUUUAAAUAUUACAUUUUUAAUUUGGUUUUAUGUUUAUCAAAUCGGAAAUUAUGUAUAUUUCUAAGAUAAUUUAUACGGGGAAAUAGUGGUUGAUCGAAAUAUAAAUGUGAAAAAGACAUCAUCUAACCGCCGUCACUCGAUAUUUUGAUAAGCAUUUUCCGAUAAUAACAAAUCAUAUCAAUCAAUAGAAAGAUAAAAACCAAACCAGACCGUGUCGAAUUGUAUAACAGAAAAAGACAACACUGAAUUUACGGCAGCAAAGUAUCUGAUUUGGGAUUUUCUACAAACUUGAAACUUCAACCGAAGGAAUGUGUAACUUAAUUGAAAAUGACAUAUGUAAGUAUCUUUUCUUUUAUAAUCCUUUCUUUUGUUCUAUUUAAUAACAAAAGUGUUUGUUGUAAUUAAAAUAUUGACAAAAUCACAAUCAAAUCAUUUGGAUACUAACAUCAGCUUCCUUUGUGUGCAAACGUGGAUCACGUAACAUUACCAAUUUAAAUUUAGCUCAAAUUACCCCAAAUAUAUUUUAAUUAGACGAAAUUCCUUCAAAUACACGUCCCGUCAGCAUUGAAAAUUGCACGUAGCAAAAAUUACUAUUGAAAGUUUACUGCCCAGUAUUGAUUCCUCUUUUUCAAAUAGAACGGAAUCUUUUUGGAAAAUUCCAGGAAGCUAACUAAAUAAGAACUGUCGAAAUCACUAAAAAUAUCAUUUAACAGGUCAUACAUAAAUUCCUACUAAAGAGUUUUUCAUUCGUAAAGUAUCGUGACCACAUUAAAUAUUCCAAAAAUAUUUUCUAAAUGUUAUGUACCAAAAUAAAUUCAUGGAAUUAUCUGUAACUAUUUGGUGUCUAAAUGUUUAAAAAAAAACACAAUAUUAUACAUUAUAUCAAAAUUAUGACAUUUCAAUAACAAACAUACAUUUAACGACGACUUGAUCCACAAAAUCAAUUCCAAAUUAAAAUUAAAGAAACCUUUAUGAAGUGCGUAAAACCUCCGUCUAAGGAUAUUUUAUUCCUGACCCUGUCUCUCUUUGGUUUAUAUUAUUCAAAAAUGUCAUAUUUUUAAUGGUAAAGGGAACCAUUAGCAUCUGAAAUUAAUAGUCAAACAAAUAAAAUAAAAAAAAGUUACGUGUGAAAUGUCUAAAUUGAAAAUCUACUCUACAGAUAUAUGUGUGUCUUUACGUCGAGUAUACCUCAAAUCCAUAAUCAUUGUAUAAAGUUUGAAAAGAAAAGCUGAAAAGAGGAAAAGUACACUAGCGGAUUAGAAAAGCGUUUUUGCAAUUCUGAUUAAAAAAAAUCUUUUUUAUAUGUAAGGGGAGAUAAAUUCAAUUCCAAGAAUAGUUUUGGAAUAUCGGCAAGAGAUUGUUCUGAACUCCUUUCAAAAUUAUCUCACUUUAACGAAUUUCAAUGCUCCCCUUUCUCUAGAAAAAUACAUAUGCAACCAUUCCAUAAUUAACUAUUUAAAUUGUUUCAAAUAGAUUGAUUUCUUUAGUUGAUUUAAAUGCAGUGGAGUAGCCUAAUAAAUCUAAGCUUCUCAAUCGCUAUUGCCGUACUGCAAGGCUAAAGUAAAUUGCAAAUUCUUCAGCCUCGAAUAGGAUGUCACCGGCGACAAAUGAUUAGACUAUUCAAUUUAUCAUUACUAAUUUUUUAUCUAGAUGAUAAUCCUCCUCAUUUUGUUGAACAAUAUCGGUAUCUUUGCUUUUUAGUUGCUCCCCUCCUCUGAAGGAAAUAAACACUGAUGCAAGAAACAACUGAUUCCCGAAAUACUGUAUUUGUUUUCCAAAUAAAGGAAAUUGUAGCCAAGUGGAAGAUCCUUUUUCGGUCCCAGUUCAUCCGAGUUGUAUCCAUUUUGUACUUGGCGGAUAUGGAAUUGCAUGUUUCCGAUGUUGUGCUAUAAUUCGGAGACAGUCUUCAUUCUAUUCACUAAGUUCAAAAACCUCCAAAACUAACUAAGCCCACCAAAUUAAGCCCUAUAAAUCGAGACUUGUAAUUCAGAAUACAUUUCCUCCACUAAUUAUCAAAUCUUUCCUUGUGAUCAUCUGCCACGACCUUUACACUUCAGCUUCCAAAGAUUUCGUAUUACUCUGCUAGAUAAAUGGUUCUCCAGUUUCAUUCUUCCCAUUUCGGAUCGCGUAUGCGGAGGAAGGACUCAGCCCUCAAAGAUGUUGUUCAAGUUCCAAAUUCUUCAGCCAAACAGUAAAACAGAUCUGAUGUUAGUCCUGCAUAUUUUGAAUUUGUUUUUCCUGUGUAUAGCCACCUUUAUUCGCUAGACUUAUUCGCCUUCGUUGUCUUCUUUGCCCUCCCUUUUCAGGUGUGCUCCAAAAGAUAUAUGAAACCGUCAGCACUUUCAAGGUUGUAAAUUACUAUUGUCAUGUUUGUCUUUUUAGUGACAUUUUUGUUUGGGUCAUCAAUUUUGUUGUGGUCUUGUUGACUCUUAUUCCAACUUUCUUUGCUAAAGACUCCAGAUCUGGAAAAGUUGCUUUCGUCUUCAAUUUUCAAAUAAAAUGAUCUCUUCGAAGCGGUCAUAAGAUAAGCCACACUGGCAUGGAGGACACUUAAGUGAAUUCGCUACUGCUCUCGUGAAAUAGCCUUUUUCAAUCCUUCCACUGUACCACACCUACACAGCGAAAUUCACCGGAAUAAGAUCAAGGGAAUACGGCGGUCACAUUGUCGGUUAAAUGAGGUCCGCUCAAUCUUAUACUUUUUAUAUUUUGAAAAGCCUCACUUUUACUUUAUUCAUGAAAAUCCUUAACAGGAGUUCCGGGCGCAACUCCCAUCAAUUUGGAUUGCCGCUUCGGCGAUAAUUUCACCACAGUACUUGCUUCCCUUCUUAGCGUUCUCUGGUGAACAUGCAGUUGAUCCAAUCAGUUCCAGAUUUGGAGUCAAUUGUUUCCACAUUGAUAAAGCGAAAUCACAACGGAAUCUUUCGUUCUAUACAUACUUUCUCAUUACUAGUAAUGAAUGUUUUGAUCAACUAUCAAAAAUUUAGCACAAUCGCGAAACACGUUCAAAAAUUGCAGCCGCUGGGAAUUGUUUUCUGUGGCCGAGUCCAUUUUUCGGAUAACAUAGUCCAGAGCUACAUUGACACUCAAGCUUUGUGUUAAUUCUCCUUGGAUCUUGAGCUGAAAUUCUACGUUCCUCAUCGCCAGUUUCAUCAUUCGCACCAACUUCGGAGGGAUAUCAAAGUCGAGCAUUGUUUCAACCAGUAAGCUCAAAUCUAUACUGCCGUAAGCCCCCUGGAAGUUUGCGAAGAUCUGGUGCAUAUUGCUCUACUGAUCAAUUGUAGAAACCCCAGCUUUUAAGCCGCCUUGGUAAUCGUCAAUGACCUAUUCUGUAUAUGGCUUUAGCUUAGUUUGGCGAGGGAAGCCACAGUUCCAAACACUUAGGCCUUUUGUUAGACCCCUUGCCCUUGCCCUCUAAAAUCAUCUACUCAACCACCUGCCGCCUGCGGUGUUCGCAAGUUUUCGCGGAACAGAGAACAUUUCCCAGAGGCAGAGCGCAAGCGAAUUCUUCGUGGAAGACAACCUUUCUGAGGUAUCUUUGUUUCUUCCUCACUUUCUCGUAUUGGCUACAUAUAACCGGGGCCACCAUCCAAUAUUUUUCCAGGCUCAUUGAAAGUCCUGUCGCGAUUUUCAUGUCUUAAGGGGCAGUAAGAAUGCAUUCUACUGAAACGACCUUUCUUCAUAAUGAUUGUCCCUCAGCAACAGGAAUUUGAUGGCGUGAAUCACCUUUGAAAGGAAACUUGGCUACAGAAGCUCCGUGCUCCAUUCUCAUUAGGAUUUUGCAAGACGAACACAACAGUGAAAGGCUUCUGGCAGUGUCACAGCGGGGUUUAUCUCUCUUCAGGUAUUCUUCCACGAGUCCAUAUCAAUCUACUGGUGUAGAUAGCUCUCAAGUAAAUGUUACUUCGUCUUUUUUUCACAGCUUCGCUGGUAUCCCAUCAGCAUGAGCUUCGUUUUCCUUUUAAUCGAUAGUCUCGUCGCUCAAGGGUAACGCAUCGUGUGCCGCUUGCGUCAAUUGUGCAUCCAAGUCAUUUCGUUAGCUGAACCGCCAAUAUAUUUAUGUUGACUUCCUGAAACAGUUCUCUGAACGGACCUGCAUCCAUUUUUCUUUGCCAAAAUCGUAACCGUUGUUUUGAUCCAAUUCCAGGCUAUAUUCUUGGUUUCGAAACUCUAACAUUUUUACCGGGCGAGUAGUUAUCCCUCCCCUAAUUCAGGAGGACUCAAGUCUACCCUUUUUCCUCCGAUAAAGUUUAAUAACUAUUUCCGAGGAUAUUAUCACCCAUUCUUCGACUAGACUUAACAGCACAGGCUGGAGUAGAAUAAAGAGAUGCUUCAUUUCCCUUGAUUCGCUUGCAAGUGGCGCAGCAUCUUCAUAAAUGGUUCGGUGCGUGCUAAGGCAACACCUCCCGGUAAUCUAACAAACCUCAGUUAGCCAUUAGUACAGUUUACCUUCACAACUUCACCUCAAUUUUCCUUUAAAAAUGCUUGUUCACAUUUUUUAUAAAAUCCUGGUAAAUCAAUGCAUUUCAGGCCUUUAUCCAAUAAGGUCAUCACUCAAGCUAUUAUAACUGAGCGAGCCGGCUUAAAUUUCUCAAUGAAUCAGACAAACUCCAGAAACAUACUAGCUAUAUUGACGGCAUUUGACUUCCAAAAAACAUAUAUGAAACUAUAAUCCUUUCAUUUAAGCGAAAGAUAUCAAGUGGAUCGUGGCCUAGGACCUAGUAGACAAUAUCGCUCUUAAGGUAAAUCACAUGCUCGAAUGACAUUACUCUUGAAACAUCGCAGAUGCGAUUCCUCUGUAGCUACUUAGACAUAUUGAACUGUGACCAUAGCUUUGUCAGCGAUUUUACCAUUCUUGCCCUCUUUAUAGCCAAUUCGCCUUCAAAACCCUACUGUUUUGAGUAUUUCUUUGUCUCUGGAAUGUACCACAAUAGCGUAUCCACAUUUUCUCGACAGCAGUUUGUCGACUCAAAAACUCAUUAGGAUUGCAAAGGGAAAACGUCAAAACAGCAUAAGGGUUGAUCACAGAUUUGCGUUUAUUUUCUGCCAAGAAUAGAUACGGUACCCAUUUUGGCAUAGGAUUUUCCAAAGACUUAUUGAACGCUCUAGAGCUCUAAAAUUUGAUUGAGUACAUAUAAUUUGCAGCAUUAUCUUGCAAAAAAAGCGGCCGUAUUUGCUGGAGUUAAAUUUAUAUCAGGCGUCUGCCUCAAUUUCAAGCAAAUUUACAAAAAAAAAAUAAAUUUGGGGGAAAAGCAAUCUCUAUUAUACUUCGAAAACAAAUGACAACCUUACCCGGUUAAAAGAGGAAACGUACGCAGAUCUCGCAGCAAACCCCUAUAACAAAAUUGUCUAAACCGCCAAAUUCCUAUUUCUACUUGUUUGAAUGAUCUUCGAUGAACCCCAAGGAGUUAUGGGAGUUUUUCUGCUUUAUUUCGAGGAGGAGUAGUCAUGAUUAUCGGAUUUGUUCGAUAAGUGCUCUACAUUCUGAAAGCAAUUUUAUAAUUUGAUUGAUUGAUUAGGAAAAAGACUUGACAAAUCUAUUUUGGCAAGCCUCUCUUGAGGUCAAUUUUGGACCUUUAAAAAAAUGCUUGAAAAUGUGCCAAGUGUAAACCAUGCGGUGAAUGCAAUAGAACCUCCCAUCAAAGCUUAAGGAGCUUGCAGAUGUAUGCCGCCUACAAUUGUCUUGAUGGAUAACAACACCCUUCAUAUUGUUUACUUUUGGACGCUUCUAGUCAAUUGCCCGCUCCAAUCUGGUUAACUCUUGACAGUAAAGGUUUGAUCGAGUGAUAAGCCAAAUACGAACAGCUCAUGCAAUCCCACCAAAUGCUCAGCGAAACCUUGACCACUAAACCCGUCUUGGCAAUCGUUUGGACCAUCUUACCGCGAAUGGACCACAGUCUUUUUCGGCUGUUCUUCUCGUGGUCAACCAUUUUUCACCGCUAAUUACCAUCACUCACUAAAAUGGGUCGAUUUCGUUACGUUCCAGCAAAGAAUGCAGGCAUUAAUUCGAUUUAAAAUGUUCUUUUGCAUCAAAUGAUCGGGCAUCCAGAUGUUAAGCUUCUUCUUGAGACUACCCUUAAUGAUGAUUUUCUGGCUUAUCUUCAGUUCUUUGACAGCGGAAUAAGUGUUUACAUGCUGGUCAGGUUUUAUCAACAUUUUUGAUUAUUGAACAACCAAAGUCCAUAUUAUCAGAACGGAAACCUUAGGGAUAUAACGUUGCUGUUGUAUUCAAUACCGAGUGGGCUGCAGAAAUUGCGCAAACUACUUUGGCUACCUAAUAAACACUUUUGCCUUAGCCUUUGUGGAACCAAAAAAUUUUGGAACCCUUAUCCAAACACAGAAUUGCCAAUGAAUUUUUCUAUUUAGUAUGAUCCAAUGCAAUACACAUGAUAACAAACUCCAUGGUGAAAAUUAAAUGAAAAAUUGAAUGCGUUUAAUCAUGACUUCAAUAAAUGCGUUUUGUUAUGUAUUUUCCUAUUUCGAGAUAAAAAAAUAUCAUAUACAAUGAAAGCAGGCGGGAGAGUUAUAACACUUUCAAGUCUUCAUUUUAUAGCAAAUAUCGAGAGAAAAACUUAGAUGUUUGGUAUAUCCCCGAAUCAGUUCGUAGAAUAUCUUUAAUUUUCGCUAAAAAGCCCAAUCGUGUAAUAUUUCAAAAAAUUUCAAAAUUUAUGUAAGGAAAAGGUACUAUAAAAUGCAUAAAUAUAAUAUUAUACACUAUCUGUGAUUAAUAACCCAAAAUUUUGAUGUAUAUUUUUCAAGAACAACAAAAAAUUGUAUAAAUUUCAACAUAAAUGUUUAGGAAAAUUUGAGAACUAUUAAAACUAAAAAGAAAUAAAAUGAACUAGAAAAAUUUUAAUGGUAACGAAAAAAAAAAUCAAAACUAUGUUCACGCCUGUUUACAUGAUCAAAGAAAGAUUUUCGGCAACAAUUCAUAGCAUUUAGAUUUGAAAUCUAGAUAAUUUUGAGAUGUUUGAAUAUUUGUUGUUAGUGCGAGCAAACUAUCAUCGUAUAAUCGCUUGAAAGUGGCAUUUUGGUAUGUGUUUUGUUUAAAGAGAUCUUUCGGUCAUACUUACGGGCGUAUAUUUUAUACUUGUAAAUUUAUAUACAUACUGUACACAAUAUUUUUAAAAAACAACUGCAAAACAACUAAGAAAAAUUAAACAGAGAAUAGGUCUACAUGAGAAUUCCGCAUGGAUUUUCUCUAAAAAAGCUUAUCCAUAGGCAAAAGCGACUCAUAAUGUAAUCAUUAAAUUUUGAUGUGAGAAUUGUUUUCAAUACGAUUUCCAUCUAACCGUUUUAUUUCACAUUUUGUACUGACAAUUCUGCAAAAGGUUUAAUUUAAUGGAAUUUUCUUGAAGUAAAAAAAACAAAAGUCAAAGUGCAAUUAGAAUGAUUUAAUGGUAAGACAUAUUCAUUAAACAAAAAAUAAGGAAAUUUAAAAAAGUAUAUAUAGGGAAUAAAAUUUAUUCUAUUUACAUAUUUAAAUAGGUAACAAAAAUAAACUAUGAGAAAAAAGUUAUAAUUAUUAUUAUUGAAUAAAAAUGAAACAAAACAUUAUGAAGAGGCAAACAAAAAAAUCUUAAACGUACUUUUUAAAGAAAUUUAUUAAAUAAAAUAAAUUGAAAAUGGGUAUUGCGAAAGAGCAAACAGAGUAUCAAAGGAAAAUUGUAUAAAAAUUUAAUACAAAGUUGUGUAUAAGCUAAAAUUAGUGAAAAUAUACUACGAGAGAAAAACAUAUAAAAUGAGCGAAUAUCUAGAGACUAGAUAAAAUAAAUCUAAACAUGAGAAAAACAAGGAAAGGUGACGAUGCUAAAAGUAAAACCUUAAAUGGUAUGUGUUUUUAUAUUCGGAGAGAACAAAGAUUGACUGUAACAUUUAACAAACAAAAAAAAAUACCUAGAACUAAUAAUUUAAAGGAAAAUAAUUAAAAUGUAAAAUCUAACGUGACUCAAAACAAAAAAACAAGGAUACACUUCUUUAAAGCUGUAAAUAUGUCCAGUUGAAUUAUAGUGCAAUUGAUUAUUUCUAAAGUAAAAUAAUUGAAGAAGCAAAGUUUUUUUAUAUUAUUAUGUAUCUUUUUAUACGUUUUACAAUAUUGUUGUUUUCAACCCUACAAUUCCCUCUUCUCCCUUUUUAUCACUCGUGAUUUAUUCGUCACGGUUUCUGUUUUUAUACCACUCUCAAAUAUAUUAUGCAGUCGGGAAGUUCUUCAUUAUAAUUUCAUCAAUAUUUUCCAAAUGAAUGUGGGACAAAAUCCAAAUCGUUUCGAAAAUAAUAUGGGUGAAAGGAAAUAAAUAAUUUCUUCAAAUAUUCUGUUUGUAAAUUUAGAAAGAUUUCCUUUAGCCAUUAUUUGUUUUUCAGUGGAUCUACCGACAGCUAAGAACAUAGAGCAUUUUUAUCUUAGAUUUUCACAAACAAAUGUGUACAAUUUUAUGUAUAAAAUAAAAUUUGGUAACCAUGUGAUAAUUAUUUUUAAUGCCAGCUAAUAAAUAUUCUAAUUAUGUUUACAGAAACAAUUAGAUAAAAUAUUAGUCAUGGGAAAUGAGAGCAAACACUUAAAACAAAAUCUUAAAUAUUAUCUAUUUGAAUUUAUCUCCAGCAUUUUCCUUUACAUUCCUUAUUCGACGUUUGAUUAAAUUUAUGUAAAUGUAAACAUUAUAAUUGAAGAAAGAAUCCGAACUCUAAAAACUAACCAACUAAUCAACAGACGGAAAAAUAAUCUUUCAAAUUUUUGAAAUUAGUAAAGGUUAUCACUAUCAGUGACUGCUGCUGGAUAACUGACAAGCUUGGUAAGUUGCAUACACCCAUUUUAUACCAUUAAAUUAUUUUUUAUUUUAUUACUUGUGACAAUGACAGAAUUAGACGGAAAUAUUUUCAGACUAAUUGUCUAUAAUAUAAUAUGAAGAUAAAAUUAAUUUGAUCAAAAAUCAUUUUCAAAGAAAGCUUGGAAAAAUUAUACUCAAAAACGGAAAGUAUAUUGGUCCUACAUCCCAUGUUUUUUAAGUAGACAAAUCAUUUUCAUUUGUUUAAUGUAACCUAUAGAAUAUUCCACAAUGGUGAGAAAUUUCCCAUUUUCCCCAAAAUCAAAGAAUAAAUUGGUCCAGCGGUAGUCACUUUAAGGAAUUCGAACAUAUGUACACAUACUUGAAAAUGGGUUUUAAAAGUGGGUAUCCUCCUAAAAUGAAAUUGUAAAGACGAAAAUGAAAAUAAUCGUAACCAAUGAAGUCCUAGGCUGCAUUAUAUAAAAUGUUUAACGCUAAUAAGAAAACGCAUUAUCAAACUCAGCGUAUCACAGAAAAAAAUUGAAACACAGCAACAAUGAAAAGAGAAUAAAAUUGACAAUGAAUUCAGAAAAUGCAAAGCAAAAAUCUAUCCAUCUUCUCUUCCAUCAAGCAAUAGAAAUAAAAAACAACUUACCGAAAUAUUCAACUUAAACGGAAACACUAGAAAAUUGCAAAUCCUAUCAAAGAAAAUGGAAAUAUGAGAUAAUGGACUGCACAGACAUACUAUAGCAUUUGACAUGAAACACAAGAAAAAAACGCAAACCAACAAACAACAAACCAAUUCACGUGAAAUGUUAAAACAACAAUCAAUAUUGUUUUUGUUCAUUUCAUUACAUUUAACUUUUUUCACAUACGAAAUUUAUUUAUUUCCCAACAAAGGGAUAAAAUGCACUUCUCCAGAAAAAAAAACACAUACAAUAGAACAGGAAUACGGAAAUAAAUACUAAAACAAUCUCAACACAACCAGCCACUUAACAGCAAUAGAUAUCAGAUUAAUAAUAUACAACAGGUACGAAGAAAAUAAAAACAAUUACAACUACAAACUACAAACUCCCCUCAACUAAUCUAUGCCGACAGUCGAUUGUUAUAUUAUCAUUAUAUAUAACAAAUACCGCAACCAACCACAUAAUUUCUAGGAUUAAAAAAAUUGAAAAAAAACCACACACUCACCCUCACAUACACACAACUACAAUAGUAAAUAGGUUUAUUUCUUGUUAUUUCUUAACCUUAUUAAUUAUUAUAAUCUCCUUUUGUUUUGCGUUUGUUUUCAUUUCUAUGCAACGUUAUUUCAUCAUUAAAAAUAUAAUAGUUUUCUUUUAAUUGUAUACAAUUUAUCUGCAAAGGGUGAAAAUACACCUCCAAGCAGAUGUUUCCCUGAGUUUUUUUCGGUCUUCGGAAGAAUUUCAUAUGCAGAAUGAUUCUAUAAAAGAAACUCUUUGGCUAUAUGCUAAUCUGUACAUGGAUGCCUUCCUUAACAGUUUUUCAUUGGCCAAUCGAUUCAUUUUCAACCUCGAAACUAUUUGAUUAGUAUUAGAGAUUCGAUAAAUAGUUUCAUGUGUACUUUAAUAUUUCUCAAUAUCAUUACAUUUCUAGAAGCAUGAGCAAAUUCAAUAUCUGCAAAUAUAGUUAAAGAAUCAGCAAACAUGAAAAACAAUAUGAGCGAUUAAAUAUGUUCGAUAAAAAAUCAAACGAUAAAAAUAUUAAACAUAGAAUAACAAUAAGGACGAGUAUACAAAAUUAAAAAUAAAAGUCAGUAAAAAAAAUUCGUUUUUCCUUCUUCUUUUAUGUAUCUGUAACAGUACAAUUUAUCAUUACUCAAAAUAAUGAUAAAUAUUGAGUAAAUAAUAAAAAUUUAAUAAAUUAUUUGUAAAGCAAAGUAAAAAAACAAAGUUUAUUUACCUUGAAAGCAACAUUUUAUUCAAAGCAUAUUACAAUAGACCAUAAGUUUAGCUACUAUCCUUUAAGAGUUAAUAAAAUCUAAGCGAAUAAAGCAUCAACAAUAUUAUAAGAGUAAUACGAAAUUUACAAGAAAAUAUACAAAACAAUUUAAUUUACAUACAAAACCAUUAUAGAAGGUUUGUUGCUACUUUUACGUUCACAAUACUAUAAAACAGAACAAUCUAGAAAACAUGCAUUUCAUCAAUGCAAGAAACAAAUUCAUUCAAUUCUGUACAACUGCUAUGAAAAAGGGUGAAAAACAAACCACCAAAAACCGAUCCAAAAAAAAAAUAAGAUGCAAAAAGAUAGAGAUAUGCGUUCGAAAGACAUUCUAUACAUAUAAGAUCCACUAAAUAAUUUUGUUGCUUUCCCCUAAAUUAAUCAGAAGACUAUGAACCAUGCAUUUCAGAAGUAACAAAAACAAUUCCAAAUUGAUAACAAACUGAAAAAGCAUAAAAAAGACAUCAAGAUGAAGGUGAACAUUGUGUAACUGCCUUUUACAUUUCCUAAAUUCAUUUUGUAUUUUCAGAAGAUAUGAGAGUCUAAGAAACCUUGAAAUUAUAAAAGGAAAAAAACAAACUUGAUAAUAAUGGUAGGAAUAGAAAUUCGAUUAAAAAAAAUACAAAACAAAUCAAAUUUGUAACUUUACGAUAGGUGAUAAUAUUAUUUUUUUAAUGAUUGUGGCAAAACACGAAAAUACAUAUUACGUUAUCGUCUAUUGUUCACUUUAUUAUAAUAAUGAUUAUAAGAUUUGUAUUAUAAAGUACAUUUUUUAGUUUAAUACUUUGAUCAAGCUAUUAUAAUCAUUAUUUUUGGAAUAGAGUUGGUAAUAUAUAAUUUUUUAUUUUA